AUGUGCAGUGAGAGGGACCUAAAGACUAAGAUAGAGAAGGAGGACACUAAGAUUGAGCUGCUGGGUACUCAGACCACCCUGGUAGACUCUCACUGUAUCCGCUGUCUGCAGCCCUUCAAGUUCCUGGUCAACAGUAAGCGUCAGUGCAUAGACUGUAAGAUGUACACCUGCAAGGCAUGCAGCCGCUACAACAAGAAGGAUCACGGCUGGGUGUGCGACCCCUGUCGUAUGACAAGGGUCCUGAAAAUCGGAACGGUGGGAUGGUACCAUGACAACGUGCGUACCCGUUUCAAGCGCUUCGGCAGUGCCAAGGUGAUGAAGUCUCUUUACAAGCGACUCAACGGAGAGGGCGCUCGUCGUGACAGUGACACACAAAGCAUGCCUGAUAUCCGCAAUGAUAGGUACAAUGGUCAUGAUGAGGACUAUGCAGAAGCAGAAGCUCAGCGAUACAAAACGAUGCGAAAGAACAAGCGCCUGCUCUCUGUUCAUCCCAUGGACUUGGAUGUGGAUAUAGAAGAGUAUUUUCCACCCCACUCUCGCACUCACUCUCGUCGACAAUCCUACCAGCAGAUCCAGGAGGAGCGAAGCGGUGGUCACCGGGGUGACACGGAGUACAUGGACUCCAUGCAGCAGCAACAACAUCGCAUGAACCGUAGGAAGAGCCUGGAUAGGUACAACAUGCGCCCUGAUGAUGGGCAGUAUGGGAUGGUGCGUGCCCGCUCCCUGUCCAAGAUCAGCUCCUCAAUGAACCGCCAGCACUAUGUGGACACGUCAGAAGAGGAGGAGGGAGGGCGCAACACCAUGUACCAGACCCCCUAUCGCCGACGCCCUUCCUACAGCCGAGUUGGCUCUCACGAGAACCUGCAGGUUCCAACACAGCCACCGGUCAAUGCGCUAAACAAGCGCAUGUCAGCCAUAGAGAGUCUCCUGAACCGGCUGGAGUCCAAGAUGACUCUACCCCCCGACGAUGAGGCGACGUCCCCGACCGCUGCACAGAUAGAGGAGGAGAAGCUGAGGAGGAAGCUCAGCGAGCUGGCGGGGAACAUCAGUGUUCCCUCCUCCGAUGAGGAAGCAGGAGGGGGGAAGAAGACCCCUUUAUUAAAGAGGGCCGCUGUGAAGAGUAACCUCCCAGUCCUCCCCCUGGAGCCCCUCAGCUCCUCCAGCGAUGAGGGGCCCACUGAGGCUCAGCAGAGAUCCACCGCGGCGGCCCUCUGUGACAUCACCAAAGAGUUUCUAAGAACCAUUAAUGCCGCUGAAAGCGCAAUGAACGAGUACUUCCCCUCAAUAACGUCUAAUGACAGCCCCAUGAUAAUUGACGUGGCUGACGUAAGGAAAGCAGCUGAGUCUUACAGAGAACUUGAGGAAAAUGUGUACAUGACCUCAGGGAAGUCUUUUGACCUGGAGAAGAAGCUGAAGCAUCUGGAGCAGAGUGCCAAGAACCGCUUCGGAGGGGCCACAGACUCGGAGCUCUCUGACCUGGAGGACGUGGUGGCCCUGACUGCACAUCGGGUCCAGAGCACUGAAAGUGAGGUGUCUGAUUUGGAGAACAAGCUUGCUGCUCUAAGUGCCUCAGGGAAGAAAAAGAUAUCAGGUUCGCAGAACAGGAAAAGGUUUAACCAAGACUUCCCCACAAAACCCAGCAACGGCUCAGGAUCCCAAAGGAAAUACAAUCACAUGUAAAGGACUGUAUGACGAAUAAGCCCGAUGAUACUGAAUGUAUUAUCUUAGUGACUGAAAUAUACCUUAAACCGUAUCUGUCACUGAUCCACUGUGUAUCUGAUGUCACUCUCAUAUCCACAUUGUUACAAUAUGUUAAUGGUAUAUCCACACCCACAAUGCACAGCAGUUAUGUGCUGUAAAAGCAGGCUAUACCAUAGCUAUGUUCAAUGCAAGAACAACCCUGGUUUACUGCCUGAGAAUCAGACGCAUUCUGAAGGAUCCUCUCAGUCUCAAUGUAUCUGAUGUCUAAACUCAUGAGAGGAUCCGAUGUGAUUGGUUAAAAGGGCAAUUUGUGGGAAAAAAAUAUCAGAAUUGGGCUUCCUGCUGCAAAACAGUCUAAGUUUCCUGAUUUAAAAAAUGAAUCUGUGCCAUAUAGGCCAAA